CCUCCGCUGCCGCGUCAAGUAUUACUGCCUUGAGUAGCCUGGGUGUCGCGUCAAGUAGUGCUGUCUUGAGUAGUUCCGGUGCUGCAUCAAGUAUUGCUGCCUUGAGUAGUUCUGCUGCCUUGUAUAGUUCCGUUAUACCAAUGAUGAGACCUCCUCCAACUGCCUACCCAUAUCCAUGGAGCAACCAGCAACAUCCAUGGAUCUCUACUUCCGCUCCCACAUCUAGUUCCGCAAGUAGUGUCAGCUCUAGUGUAGCUGCCAGUUCUAGUGUACAAACCAGCGCUAGUGUCGCUGCUAGCUCUUAUUCGGCUUUACCAGCAUUCGUUCCUCCAACUUCUACCAACCCAUAUCCAUGUGCCAGUGAGGAAAAUAAAGUGCAGCAAAGUAACUUUGUUGAAGAAAUUAGUGAGACCACAUCAGACUCAAUAGAAGUUGAAGCGCAGUCUACUGCCUUUGUGGGUAAUACAGUUGAUACGAACGAGGCUGACACUGAUGGGGUGAUAUCACUGAGGAGCCAAAGCCAGGGUUGUGUUUUGAGUCGGAGACUGAGUUGAUGAAUUAUUAUAAACAUUACGGAAAGCAAUGUGGUUUUCCGGUAAUGACACAAAGGAGUAAAAGAGAGAAAGAUGGGACUAUGAAAUAUGUCAUUGUGGAAUGUGCUCGGGGUGGCAAGGCACGGAAUAGGUCGUCAAACGUCUUCAA